GUUCAGGUGAACUCUUCUCUCUGACCCUCUGAGCGCCCACGUAGGGAGCAAGAAGGCGGACACCCAGGUUACGCUGAAGGGUAUGUAAGGUUUUUAACCGCUUGUGUCUUUCUGCUCUCGGCUCAGACCUGAGUUCCGUGGCGACGCUGUCAGACAUCCAUCCAGCAAGGGCCCGCCGUCACUGUGGUUUGGCAACCACCAACACAUCUCUUUUCUCAUCUGGAAGAGGAAAAAAAAACCAACAAAGAAAAAAAUACCUGGAGAAUACAGCCUUUGGACAGUCGGAGAGGCCCGCCGGACAUCUCCAGGAGCCUACUCGGAGUUCGUGUCCAUGAGCCUGUGAAGGCGAGGACUGAGCCAGCUCUGUGGAGUAUCAUCGGAGGAGGAGCCCCACGAUGCCUGCUGACAUGGCAGAACCUAGGAAGGACUUCAAGCGCAGGCUGGCCUUGAAGAACAGCUUAGCCAGGGAGACCGUGUCUGAGUUCCUGGGCACGUUUAUCCUGAUCGUCCUGGGAUGCGGCUGCGUUGCCCAGACUGUGCUCAGUCGAGGCAGUUUCGGAAACAUCGUCACUAUCAAUGUGGGAUUCCCAAUGGCGGUGACAAUGGCCAUUUAUGUGACUGGAGGUGUCUCUGGUGGCCACGUCAACCCAGCCGUGUCCUUCGCAAUGUGUCUCUUUGGGAGGAUGAAAUGGUUCAAACUGCCAUUCUAUGUGGGAGCCCAGUUUUUGGGAGCCUUUGCAGGGUCUGCUGCCCUCUUUGGCAUUUACUAUGACGGGCUCAUGUCCUUUGCGGAUGGGAAGCUGCUCAUCACGGGAGAGAAUGCAACCGCGCACAUUUUUGCAACAUACCCGGCUCCUUAUCUGUCUGUGGUGAACGCAUUUGCAGACCAAGUAAUGUCCACCAUGUUCCUCCUCAUGUUGGUCUUCGCCAUUUUUGACUCCAGAAACUUGAGGGUCCCCAAGGGGCUGGAGCCCAUUGUUGUAGGCCUGCUGAUCCUCGUCCUUUCUUCUUCCUUGGGACUGAACAGUGGUUGUGCCAUGAACCCAGCCAGAGACCUGAGCCCCAGGCUUUUCACCGCUCUGGCAGGGUGGGGAUUCGACGUCUUCAGAGUUGGACAUCACUUCUGGUGGAUUCCUGUGGUGGGCCCCUUGGUUGGUGCAGCCCUUGGAGGUCUCGUCUACAUGCUUCUCAUUGAAAUCCACCACCCAGAGCCUGAACAGAACUUCAAGGCAGAGCCGACAGAGGACAACCAAGAAAAAUAUGAACUCAGCGUUAUAAUGUAGUGACACGCUCAGCUCCUAAUUUGCAACUGAUUUGUCUCUGCUAGUUCAGUGGACUUCCAAUUGCAAAUUACCUGAGUGAAGGUUUAGAAAAACUGACUCCUCUCUACCAGUCACCCCUCCUCAGAAUAACAGUGACUGUCCCCGGACGGCCUUCUCUCCUGCCUUGUUCAUUGUAUCCUUGAUGGGCAUCCUUCACUGGAUGGUCUCAGCUGCAUAACUCAAAUGAAAUAACUCACCAAAAGCCUCUUCUUCAGUGUCCACAAAUAUCACAUUCUGAGUGUCACCUAAAACCUAGUCUGAAAGGCAAAACGGUUGUUUCAGGUAACACCCAUGAACUGAGGAACUCGAGGGUUAACGCUCUCGUUACACAGUGCUGCAGCUGUCUCUGUAACCCUGAUGCUCUCCAAACCUACGGAUGCGGAGAGCACAGGGGAAGGACACCGUGGCAUUGAGAAACCUCCAGAGACAAGAGAGAUUUGGGAAACCAAAUGGAAUUUUUUAAUGGAAACCAUUUAUCAGAUUAAUCUCUUGCUCUUCCGCAUUUUAGAGAGCACCAAUUAAUUUCCUGGUCUUUAGUAUAUAAUAACCUAAAAUACAAUUGUGACCUCAGUCAUGAAAAAUACAUCACUCUGUCUUUUCACCUGAAAUGUAUUUUUCUAAUUGCCCACUUGGGGACAGACAUUUGACAAAUGAAGUCAAUGGCUGCAUCGUCCACUAUUGUACAUGCGCCCCAGAAGCCUGCAAACCACUGGAGCCCUGUCUAGCAGACUGUUUGAGGUGGGAAGUCCCUGGAAGGGUACUAAUCCCUUACUGGGCUUUGUAACUCACAACACACCAUCAUAUACAUCAUCUAAUUUAAUCCUACAGACCAUCUGAUGCCCAUUUUUCAGGUAAACAAACAAAAUAUCAGGGCUAUUAAGUGAGCUGGCCAAGAUUUCUUGGAAAGUUGAACAUUGUCUAACUCAACCCUCUGCCUUUGAGAAGACCAAUAACUGGUUAAGAAUCUCUACUAACCGUUCCUGGUUGGCCAGAAGCAGUGGAGUUCACAGCUUCCAGGGGACACAUGCCUUGCGGACACAACGCUCCUUGAUGUUAUGGCAUAAGACCUUAAGAUCCUACAUUGUCUGGUUUUACUCCGUCUGUGACUGAAGUACAAAUGAAGGAAGCGGUGGCAGUAUGAUACCUUCCAUCUGCUCGAUGACACUACCAGAAGGCCUUCCUGAGCUACUCUUGGUCUUCUGAAGUCCUGAUCUUCCUCAGCCUCUUAUGAAGCUCUCUGACAUUCAUUUCAGCCAGGGUGUCCUGAGCUAUGAUCACCCUGAGAAUUGCUCUGCAGAAAGAGACACGUCUUCACAUCUGUUACAAGCCAGCCCUUCCCAAGAGGCAUUUGGUUUCCCACCAGGUUUGUGAUAACAGAAAAGCAAAAGGCAAAUGGGAAACGUCUCUGACAGCCUCUGCUCUACAACAGGUGGAGAAACAAAUUUAUCCUUGCUCUGAAGCCACCUGAAUUUCCCUAUUUGAAAUAAAUUGCUGCAUUGGUUUUUUAAAUGA